AAAAAAUUUUAAAGAUCAUAUCUUUCUGAUCAAUAGUUCUCCCUCUUCGCAAAUUUGAAAAUUAGGCAACAUGGGUAUCAGCAGAGACUCCCGCCACAAGCGUUCGCAUACCGGUGCUAAGCGAGCUCAGUAUCGUAAAAAAAGAAAAUUUGAAUUGGGUCGUCAACCUGGUAAUACAAAGCUUGGUCCUAAACGCAUCCAUGAAGUUCGUGUUCGUGGCGGGAACAAAAAGUUUCGUGCUCUUCGUCUGGAUUCUGGAAGCUUUUCUUGGGGAUCGGAGAGUAUUUCCAAAAAAACAAGACUCCUGGCUGUUGUUUAUAACUCUUCAAACAACGAAUUGGUUCGAACCAAUACUCUCGUGAAAGGAGCCGUUAUUCAAAUUGAUGCUACUCCUUUUAGACAAUGGUAUGAAGCUCAUUAUGCUCAACCUAUCGGUCGCAAAAAGAAGAAAGAAGGCCAAAUUGAAUCAGAUGAAUUGAAUAAAAAGCGGUCCAAUCAUGUCCAACGAAAGGUAGAUUCUCGUAAGGAGGAAGCUAAAGUUGAUGGUGCUUUGGAGGAUCAGUUUGUUACUGGUCGUUUAUACGCUAUAAUAUCUUCUCGACCAGGUCAAAGCGGUCGUGCUGAUGGGUAUAUUCUUGAAGGAAAAGAGCUUGAAUUUUAUGUGAGAAAGAUUAAAUCAAAGAAAUAAAAAGUAUAUUUUGUUUGAAAGAAUAUUUUAUUUUUCAUCUCUAUAUUAAAAAUCUCUAUAUUAAAAAUAUAUAUAUAUAUAUAUUGUAUCCUAUAUAAAAUUUUUAUUCCAAAUUUUAAAAUAAAUUUUCUGCACUAUUA